UUUUCACGUUAGGGGCCUUGCACUGCGUUGUGGGCAAGUUAGGUGCCUUAUUCUGCAGCCCAUACAGAACUGGGCCCAUCUUCCGACCCAUCAGGUCCAAAACCAGUAUCUUUUUAUCAUCCCUUUUUUUUUCUUUCAAUGGACGUCGCCGAGAAAACUCAAAUCGAAUCCCCAAAUCCUUCGCCGGCGAUUCCACUCCAAGUCUCGAUCGGAAAAGCGCAGAAGAGCAACGGAAUCCCAAUUCCCAAAGGGACAAGGCAAAGCUAACUUCUCCUUCUUCCCAUCCUUCCUCAUCCCGUCGGAUCAAUGCCAGCGGGAGCAAAUUCGAAGCCGCUGCCGAAAUUGUGGCCGGUUGACCGGUGUUUCCAGCCCAUCCCCCCGUUGCACGCGGCGAGGUAGAGGAGUUUCCGCCGUCAACUCCAUCCGAUCGGCGUAGGGUCGCGGGGUGCCGACAACUUUGGUCCCCGCUCCCCACUUGGGCGCCACGGUCGCUGCGCAUGCCGCGGGCUCCCGCGCCCACUGGACCCCGGUAACACCGCACGGCGCCUCGCUCCGCGUGCCCGCCCGCUGCCAGCUCCAUGCCAACCGCCGCGGCUACAUAGGUAGCUGCGCGCUGGCUGAAGGCUCCUGCAGUGCGCGUUGAAGGCUUUCGCUGCGUGUUGUGCGUUCUGCUUGAAUUUCGGUCUGAGUUUGGAUGGGCCAGAUGAUUUCGGGUGAUAAAUCCGACGAACAGACAGCACGCGACGAUGGAAUCAUCAAGAAUGGAAGGGAAAUCCUAUUUCAGGCUUUUAACUGGGAAUCCAAUAAGCACAACUGGUGGAGUAUUUUGGAGGAAAAAGUAACCGAUCUUGCGGAAUCUGGGUUUACGUCAGUGUGGCUUCCUCCUCCAACACAGUCAUUAUCUCGAGAAGGCUAUCUACCACAGAAUCUGUACUGCCUUGACUCAUGUUAUGGUUCCCUCCAUGAGCUAAAAUUGUUGCUUCAUAAAAUGAGCGAACAUAAUGUAAGGGCUAUGGCAGAUGUUGUUAUCAACCAUCGAAUUGGAACUACUCAAGGAUCCAAUGGCAUGUAUAAUCGUUAUGAUGGCAUCCCAGUAUCAUGGGAUGAACAUGCUGUUACAUCUUGUUCUGGCGGGAAGGGAAACAAGAGCACUGGGGAUAACUUUGAUGGGGUUCCCAAUAUAGAUCAUACACAACCAUUUGUACGCAAAGAUAUUAUCGAAUGGUUGAUCUGGCUUCGAAAAUCAGUUGGUUUUCAAGAUUUUCGCUUUGAUUUCACGAAAGGUUAUGCAGCCAAGUUUGUAAAAGAAUACAUUGAGGAAUCAAAACCUCUUUUUGCAGUUGGGGAAUACUGGGAUAGCUGUGAAUAUAGCCCCCCUGACUACCGACUGAACUAUAAUCAAGACGUUUUGGUUUCUUUUUGUCUGCCAGAUAUCCAUAGGCAGAGGAUUAUUAAUUGGAUAGAUAACACUGGAGGACUUUGUGCCGCAUUUGAUUUCACGACAAAGGGCAUUCUUCAGGAAGCUGUCAAAGGAGAGUUGUGGCGUUUGCGAGAUUCAGAAGGAAAACCACCUGGUGUGAUGGGAUGGUGGCCUUCAAGAUCAGUUACAUUUAUUGAAAAUCAUGACACUGGGUCCACUCAGGGUCAUUGGCCUUUUCCGUCAGAUCAUAUUAUGGAGGGAUAUGCUUAUAUACUCACCCACCCUGGCAUCCCCACGGUGUUCUAUGAUCACUUCUAUGACCAGGGUGUGCCUCUCCAUGACGAAAUUGCUAAACUGAUGCAAAUCAGAAAAUGCCAAGAUAUACAUAGCCGUUCAUCAAUCAAAAUUCUGGAGGUUGGGUCAGAUCUGUACUCAGCAAUCAUCGACGAUAAGUUGUGCAUGAAGAUCGGGGACGGCUCGUGGUGCCCAAGUGAUCCAGAGUGGAGGCUGGCAGUCUCUGGUGACAGAUAUGCUGUGUGGCACAAGUGAAGCAUAUAAGUGCCCUCGAUACAGUUUAUUUCUGCUCUCAGGAACAGGAGUAAUUAGCAUGUUAGCUGAAUAACAGCACGGUAAAACAUGCCAAAAAUGACCCUCUUCGAGGUUUUACCUGUACAAGAGGAGUGCCUAAAUGCAAUGCUUAAUUAGAAAUACGUGAGAUCGUGCGGCUGGUCCCGAGGUGAGACAUACAUUUUGCUAAUCGCAACAACUAUGGAUUACCUGCAAAAGAAAUAUAUAUAGGGCAUGUGAUGUCUCUGUGGAAUAUUUUAUCCUGGAACCAGAAAUUUGAAUUAUUUUUAUAAAAAAUGCAUCUGUGCAAUUUACA